AUGGCUACAGAAAACCCGCGCAUGGAGGUAGAAGCGUUUGCGAAUUCUUGUCGUUUUAUGGCUGAUUCGGUGGAGGAUCCUGAAUACUUGUACAUUCACAAUCUUAUUUGUUCAGUUCUAAACUGUCUGUUCAUUUUACCUGGCAUCUGUGGAAAUGUACUGGUUAUUUUAGCGGUGUGGAAAACACCGUCGCUUCAAACAGCCUCCAACGCUCUUCUACUCUCGUUAGCCGCCUCAGAUCUUGCAGUCGGCUCAUUGGCUCAGCCUGCGUUUUCUGCCUGGCGCAUCUCGCAAAUUGCCGGUAAUGUCAGUGUACACUGCGUUGCGGGAUUAGUGUCUGAAAGCUUCGGCUGGCUUCUUGCUGGUGUUUCGCUGUUUACUAUUACAGCAAUCAGCUGCGAGAGAUUCCUUGCCGUACAUCUUCACUUGCGCUAUAAUGAAGUAGUCACAAGGCGGGGAAUUGCCAAAGUAGCUCUGAGUUUCUGGUUAAUCUGGAUAAUAAUAACGGUGUUGAGAUUCUUUGUGGUGAGCAGAAAAGUACUAAGAAUUAUUGCCGUGAAUUUCCUGGUUAUAACAUCGGUGAUAAUGUUUAUGGCAUACACCAUGAUUUACAAACUUGUCAGGAGACAUCAGAUGCAAAUUAGGCAACAGUGUUUCACGCAAACGCCCGGCGACAACAGCAAGACUAUCGAUAUGGUACGAUACAAGCGGUCAACAAUAACCAUGUUGUAUAUUCUAGGAUUUUUUCUUCUUUGUUAUUUUCCUUUCCUUGUAGUGAUGCUGGUGGAAGUUGCCAAAGGUGAAACUCUUCUAACAAAAGCCGCCUAUCUCUACACAGUUACAUCGAUUUUUAUCAACUCUGCGCUCAAUCCACUGAUUUAUUGUUGGCGCAUGAUGGAGAUAAGAAUGGCGAUACGGAAAAUUAUCAACUUCCCAAAGGUUACUUCAAUUCAACCUGAAAAAAGUUUUAUUUUUUCUAAAAGGCCACCGUCCAUCGAACUUCAGACUAUUCAACCGUCACUUGUCUCGGAUAAUCCUGGUUUUAAUAGUAGCAGUGGGUCAUUCAAUUUUAUGGAAAAGGAUCCUUGA